AUGGCAUCUCACUUAACUGGCGUCAAUGCUCUAUAUGCUGAUCAAGCGGGUGAAUUUGACUGGACAAAAGAACAUAUUGGACGUCUCCAUGCUGUUGUAUUUAAUGCCUCUAUAAGUCCAAAUGCACCUUCGAACGACUUCAUGGAGGGCGUUAUGUAUGUGGCUUCCGACGACAAUUCACGGGCCCUGGCGUGUUUGGACACAAAAACAGGCCACAUUCACUGGCGUCGUGUGUUUCCUGAAGGGGAUAGAAUAAAUGCUAUUCAAUUGACAAGUGAUGGAUUACUAUCGAUUUCAAGGUGUGGACGUAAUGUGAGACUUUGGGAUCUACAUACAGGUGUUUUAUUAUGGGAUCAAGUGACAAGUAUAAGUUCUAUUCAAGCACAUGAUACUGUCUAUGGUGGUCUUUUCUCAUUGGAUAAGGACCAUUCAGUGGUCAUAACGUCAUCCAGUGUUGCCAUCAUCAAUAUCAAGGACAGACAAGUCGAGAUACAGACACUGCCUAAGGAUUUUACGAAAUCAGUACUAGAGACUGCUACACUUUCAUGGCAAGUGGAAUCAGAUAAUACAGUGCUGUUUAUUAUGGCAGGUAGUCAUAUGGUUCACAUGGACCUUGUAUCGAGUCAUGACAUGAACCUUAUGACUCGUCCUGAGAUUGGUGAGGAGGAAAAAAGUCUCAUGAUUGGGACUACGGUACUACGUCGUGAUAGUGACCAAGGAAGAGCGGCAGCAAUUACGCUUACAAAGGAUCAAUUGCUGCUCCAGGGCUUGGAAACAGACAGUGACGCUAGGAAAAUUUAUCUUCGCUCUCUCAAGCUACAAGACGACGAAGUUGUGGCAAUUGAUGCAACUAUCAUGAACUCAUUAGUUUUAAAUCUCGCGUCUGGGAAGCGCGCUGUGUUGAAGAUCUCGAGUGUACUGACGGUGGAAGUUGCUGCUGUAAUUGCAGCUGGAGGUGCUUUGAUGGAAUCGGUUACCGAUGACUCUGUUCUCUUCCACGCUGUUGCAAAGAGUAGUAAUUUGGUGGAAGUCACGUCGUACACAUUGGAUAAAAGCUUGAGCUUUGUCUCGUGGAAUGUUGAACUGGGCCUUGCUUCAUUUGGUGGUGAUGUCUCGCGCGUAUUCGUUGGAUGUCCCAACACAAAGCAGAACUCAGCUCCACACUGUCAUGCUGUGUUGGUUUUGAAGGACGACGCUCUUGUCAUGACGUCUAAUGAUGAUAAGGCUGAUACUGUUAGCAACGGCAACGUCCAGUGGCUGCGUGAGGAAUCACUGGCGAACAUCAAGCGUGUACGCUGGAUUACACCGGCAGAAACGGAGAUUGAGAAGCAGGCACUGAAGCGCAUUCCUUCCUUUAUGGAGGAGCUGCAGCUUGAGAUGAAGCAUCUUCAACAGUUUGUUGGAAAAGUAGUGUCGUUUUCCUCAACACUGUUUGACGAUAAUAGUCGCCAGCGUGGUGUGGACAGAUCUCGUGCUGCGCGCAAGGAGCCACCCAACGCUCACUUGUUCGGCUUUUCCAAAUAUAUAAUGGUGCUUACUGAAAGCGGCAAACUGUUUGCGAUCCGCGCCGAGGCUAGUACUAUAGCAUGGUCUGCAUUCGUAGGCCCGGAGUAUCAGCUCUUUGUGACUCGUGAUCACCCGGCUCUCGGGUCUGGGGCCGAGUUGUUACUCGUUUCAAACUCGACAGAGCUUGUGUGGCUUGAUGGUGAUGAUGGUCACCAGUUGAAUGCGGUUGCAGCUGAUGCUACGGAGGGUGCCUCAUGGGUGGUUAUAUUGCCCAAGCGUAAGCAUCUUGCGACUGAUAAAGAGCCGGUGGCUCGACGGACGGUGGCUGUGAUUUCGGAGGAUUCACUACGGGUAUCGCUUUAUCCAAAAGAUACAGCGGAUAUCACGCAUCCUGAGCUGGAAAAUUUCUACUUUUAUCGGUAUGACAACACUGCUAACAUGCUUCGCGGCUACUUGAUCACGAACGAGGAUGGUGCCAACAGCGUGGACUAUCGUGCUUGUGAAGUAUGGUCAAUUGUUCUACCUCGCGAACAGCAGGUGAUUGCAACGUCUCACCACCAUGACCAUUCUGUCGUGGAUUCAGCAGUGACUAUCACUGGCGAUGACUCGCUGCUGAUCAAGUAUCUAAAUCCAAAUUUGUUUGGGCUAGCCACGAUUGCCGCGGAGGCCUCAGAGAGUGACAAGGAGGCGACGUCUGUGCUGUACAUAAGCUUGAUUGACUCGGUGGCAGGACGCAUUAUCCACCGUGUUCGCCAUUCGCAUGCGACGGGACCCGUCCGUAUGGUGCAGAGCGAGAACUGGUUGGUGUACUCUUACUGGAACUCGAAGGAGAAGCGCACUGAGAUGGUAUCGCUGUCGCUCUUCGACGGUGCUGUGGGUAUGCAUUCACUUAACCUAUGGAAGCGUUCAUCGUGGGCUUCCACACGGUCGUCGUUCGACCCAAAGGCGCCUUUUGUGCUUCAGAAGAGUUUCAUUUACCCUACUAAGAUUACGUCUUUGGGAGUCACGGUGACGGCGCACGGCAUCACACCACAGGCCAUCUUGGUUGGCAUGGAAACUGGCCAGAUUUUCAAGUUAGCUCGCAACUUCAUUGAUCCGCGUCAGCCUGAGAAGCCACUCACACCCGAGGAACAAGCAGAAGGGCUGAUGAUGUACUCGCCACUGGUGCCCGUAUACAACCAACCUCAAGCCAUGCUGACGUACAACCGUACGGUGGAGAACUUGAAAUGUAUCAGUACGGCCCCUGCCGAGCUCGAGUCGACCACUUUGGUGUUUGCUCACGGUCUCGACAUGUUUUACAUGCGCAUGACACCUGUCAAGUCGUUUGAUCUGCUACCGUCCGACUUCAAUCAUGAGAUGCUAAUUCUCCUGUGUGUGGCUUUCCUAGUAGUGACAUUUCUCACAAAGACACUCGCGCAGCGCAAGGCGUUGCAGACGGCGUGGAAAUAA